AUGUUACCACCUACGGCCGGGAUAGCGCAAAUACGUGACCGGACCGAAAUGGCAUAUCAGCAACGACGUGACGUGCGAGAAAUAACUAGAGACAUUAUCAGAGAAGCUCGCAUUUCAAACAGACAAUCCAUGUCGCCUGGAGCUCGCGACAGAUUCCCAUCGACUUCUUCAACAGAUGACAACGAGUCUGGCACGGACGGUGAGGCUGACCGGUCCAGAGGCCGCGCCAGUCUCUCCCACGUUCACCCCGGACCACCACCGGGCGGGAUAAUAGUCCGCAAACGACGCGGGAACCUACCCAAACAUUCUGUCAAAAUACUCAAACGCUGGCUAUAUGAACAUCGGUACAAUGCGUACCCCAGCGACGCCGAGAAACUAACGCUUAGUCAAGAGGCUAAUUUGACUGUAUUGCAGGUAUGCAACUGGUUCAUAAACGCGCGUCGUCGCAUCCUACCCGAGAUGAUACGUCGGGAAGGCCACGACCCCCUUCACUAUACGAUAUCUCGUCGAGGUAGAAAGCAACUGGGAAAUGAAAGUGUAGAUUCCCUUGCUAAGGCGGCUACUGUGUCCGGAGGUCUUAGCUAA